AGGAAUGAGCUGAAGAUUCUACGGAGAAGCCGGAUGUCAUGAUCUAAGACAUACACGUGGAUGCUUCAUUGGUGUUGUACCACUUGCUGGUCCGCGUGCAGAGACCUGUUCGCCCUCACAGAGCCUUGAACAUGCCAGUGUGGAGGAACAAGGCGGGCUGUCAUGGGAAAGCCUCCUUACAUAGCCUCUGGGGUGAUGUGGGGUCUUGUAUGAGAACUCUGAUAGGUGGCUACGAAUUCGUCGUGUUAUGCUCCCUCUCAUGGGAAUUGCCAUGCGUUUUGGAAUUUAGGAGAGUAAGCAGAAGCAGUCUCACACCGCAUGAAGGGCCACAUCGUAAACAUAAACAUGUGGCGGGAGAGCCAAAUUUGGUGGCCAUCCGUAGCCACGGACCUGGUUUGCACUGUUGUAGGACGGGAACAUCCGCUUUUUGCAAAGCCCCCCUCCCCUCCCAGUUUGUUAACCUAGGAGGCGGUAUCCAUUUAUCGCUUCGCAUAUCUAGGUUUGAAAUUGAUGUGGGCGUUUGACGUAGCAAUAGAGAGAACUCACUAAGUGUUAGUAGUCAAGAACGACAUGCGUUUUUGUAACACUUGUCCCUAAGAUCAGAAGACGCCAGAAGAGGCUCCAUGAUGUAUUCUU